AGGCCGGCAGCUCCCCGGCGAGUUUCACGGCGCCGGUCGUCGAGCUCCCAACGCACCAUUGCCGAGCUCACACACCACCGUCGAUUCCCGACAAACUCUUGCACAAUAUCUGUCGUGGCCCUAAUUGAACACAACAACCCUGAAAAUGACAAAAAUCAGUUCGUAAACAUCCAAAACGCAGUAGUGCAACCGCGUCGCCUCGCCGGUCAGGCGCCUCUUCUCCGUCGACGUCUUGUUGCCUCGAUGGUCAGCCGCCUCUUCUCCGUCGGCGUGUUGUCGCGUCGCGUCAUCUCCGUCCACGUUAUGUCAUCUCCGUCCGCCAUUCCCCGACGCAUCGUCUUGCCGUCGUCCACCGCCUACACGUCGACUAGCCUCCGAAAGCUGCCGCGUCGCCUCGCCGCUGACCUCCCCUGCGUCGCAUCGACUCCAUCCACCGCCGUUACUACUCGCCUCCAUCUGCCUUUCAUCGAAACAGUGAAUCGGCAGUCUGACAACUACGUGAAGAGAUCCACCUCCACGCCGGUCUUCCACACCUUCAUCUCCACCGUGGCCGAGCGGACAGGCGUUGUCGUCUCGAUUGACUACCGCCUAGCGUCGGAGACCCCCCUCAGAGAUUUGCUAUUCAAAUAUAGGCAUUGGGGUACAUAA